GCCGUAACUCCCAAAGGAUCUCGCGAUUUUCUCCCGACAUGAAGUUUGCUCUCGCCUUUGCCGUGUGCCUGCUGCUGGCCGCCAGCUGCAGCGCUCUGCUGCCCAAGAAGCCAGUGGAUCUCGCCUCCAUGCUGUCCCAUCAGCAGUUUGCCAUGCGCCGCAUGAUCUCCACCUUCGAUGCACGCGCCGAUGAGUCCACGCUGGUCAACGACUGCUUCGGCCACUACCUGGAUGACCAGCGGGAUGUCAUUGUCAACUACAAUGUGCAGUACAACGGCUGCAUGAACACCGCCCAGAUCUCCAGGGACAUCCUGACCGCCGAGAGUGCCUCGGAGCGACAGAGCCUCCUCGACCGCACCAACGCCAUGUGCUCGAGCCUCACCAGCUGCGACGAGCAAGUCGACGGAUUGAAGUUCUUCGAGUGCUACCGCGACUCUUCCGCCAACAGCUACAAGACCAUGUUCACCCUCAACAGUGACUCCAACCUGGACUUUAACCGCAUCAGCGCCAGUUACAGCGUCAUCGAGACCGACCUGACCGACUGCGUGGACACUGCCCGCAACGACUACGCCCACGAUAUGGAUACGUGCGAUGAGAGCCUCACCGUCUGCUUGGCCGGAGGAGUGGUCACUGAUGCACCUUCGACUGCAGCUCCCGUGACUGAUGGUCCCACGACUGCUGCUCCAGUCACUGAUGCUCCCUCGACUGCCGCUCCAGUUACGGACGCUCCUUCCACUGCUGCACCGGUUACGGAUGCUCCUUCGACUGCCGCUCCAGUCACUGAAGCUCCCUCAACCGCUGCACCGGUUACUGAAGCUCCCUCCACCGCUGCUCCGAUCACCGAAGCUCCCUCAACCGCUGCUCCAGUCACCGAAGCUCCCUCAACGGCCGCUCCAGUCACCGAUGCUCCCUCAACCGAUGCUCCCUCAACCGCUGCACCGGUUACCGAUGCUCCUUCGACUGCUGCUCCGAUCACCGAAGCUCCCUCCACCGCUGCUCCAGUGACUGAUGCUCCCUCCACUGCUGCACCGGUUACGGAUGCUCCUUCGACUGCCGCUCCAGUCACUGAAGCUCCCUCAACCGCUGCACCGGUUACUGAAGCUCCCUCCACCGCCGCUCCAGUCACUGAAGCUCCCUCAACGGCCGCUCCAGUCACCGAUGCUCCUUCCACUGCAGCUCCGAUCACCGAAGCUCCUUCGACCGCUGCUCCAGUAACCGAAGCUCCCUCAACCGCUGCUCCGAUCACCGAAGCUCCCUCGACUGCCGCGCCCGUAACCGAAGGUCCCACGACUGCUGCUCCAAUCAACACCGAAGCUCCCACUAACGCUCCCACCAAUGCUCCCGUAACCGAAGAGUCCCCGAACGCACCCGAGGAGGAUCUCGGCAGGGUCUUGCCCAAGGCACACAGGGGAAACUGGCGCCUGUUCAGGCGCUUCUUCUAA